AUGAGUCAAAUAGAUCAAAUAAUUGCUGAUGCAAGAGCAUUAUUGCAAUUCUCUCAAGCUGAGAAAGCUUUAGAACUUUUGACUCCAAAUUUUGAAUCAAAAAGUUCUAGUGUUCCAUUUUUACAAAUAUUUGGUGAAACAUUAUUAGAGAAUAAUGAUUUAGAAAACGCUUACAAUGUCUUAAUUAAAGCUUGUGAAUUAGACCCAACUGGUGACCAAGGCACUGAGAAAUUUCUUUAUUUAGGACAAAUAAUUGGAGGAUCUGAUGGUUUAAAAUAUUUGGAUAAUGGCUUGAACAAAUUGAGCGUUCAAUUGAAUGCUAUAAAUGAAGAUAAAGGCGAAGAUGAUAAUAUCCUCGUAGAAUUAUCUAAGGUAUACGAAACAAAAGAACAACUUCAGAAAUACUUUAUCAAGAAAUUAAAUCAAGGAAUCUUCGCUAAAAUUGAAAUUUGGAUGACAGACUUAUGUAUGGAGCCAGAAGCAGAAGACCAAUGCAAUAAUUUAAUUGCGUAUUCUUUAGAAUUAGAUAAUCAGAAUCCCGAAUCCUUGUCAUUAUUAUCAUCGAUUAGAAUUUCUCAACAACGAGUAGAUGAGGCAAAGGAAGCUUUGAAAACAUCAUGGACUUUAUUUCAGGACAAGAAGACAAAAUUAGAAGAAGCAGCUAAUGAUUUACAAACAGAUUCUGAAGAAAAAAAUCAACCUGAUUCUUUUGAAGUUGGAUUAGAAUACAUGGAAUUGAUUCAGCCUUUAUUGACCCUUGCUAGAUUUGCAAUCGAGUUAGAACUCUACGAAAUUGCAAUUACCAUAUCCUCUAAUAGUCAAGAUAUAAAUGAAAAUAUCUUGGAGUCGUACUAUUAUGAAGCUUUAGCUAAUAUUCUUUCAGCAAAGCAAAUUGCAUAUAAGGUUCAAUCUUCGAAUGUUGAAGAUUAUAGAGAUUUAGAAAUUAAAGAACUCAUGAAAUCUCAAAAUUCAGAUAUAAAGGCAUUCAUUGAUGAGGCGAAAUCUGCAUUAACUCAGGGAUAUAAGCUCACUCAAACUGAUUCUGUUGAUGCUGACCCUGAAUUGAUUGAACAAGUGUUGAGUUUAGUUGAUGAAGUUGGAGGACCUAUAAUUAGCGAGUUAAUGCCCCAAAGACUUGAAGUUGAAGAAGAAGGUUGGGAGGAAGAAAUUAACAGCGACGAAGAGUUGUAA